AUGAUAGACAAUUUAUUUUCCAGCGCUAAGUCAACAUAUAAUCGCAAACUUACAACAAUUAUUUCACAUUUCCCCCCCGCCACCCCCUUCCCUCCGUCCCUCGCUCUCCUUCUGGAAAAGCGCGAUGAAGCGGGCGCAGAAGGCGAGCCGGCGAGGCAGAGGCAAGGCGCAGGGGCCGUCCCAGCGCGCGCGGAGCCGGGGGACGCGCCCGGGAGGGAAGGGUGGCCCCUCGACGGCGAGCCCGCCAGCCAGCCCCCCGCGCCCGGGACCAUGAGCCGCCUCUAUAGCGGCCCGCUCCCGUCGGCCCCGGUGGUCUACCUCUACGGGGCCGAGCGGGGAGGGCUGCCCGGGGCGCUGAGCUUCGCCUCGGCGGGCGUGCUCUCCCGCCAGGAGCCGCCCCAGAAGCCCCCCUACAGCUACAUCGCGCUCAUCGCCAUGGCCAUCCAAGAGGCGCCCGAGCAGAAGGUGACCCUCAACGGCAUCUACCAGUUCAUCAUGGAGCGCUUCCCCUUCUACCACGACAACAAGCAAGGCUGGCAGAACUCCAUCCGCCACAACCUCUCGCUCAACGAGUGCUUCGUCAAGGUGCCCCGGGAGAAGGGCCGCCCGGGCAAGGGCAGCUACUGGACCCUCGACCCGCGCUGCACCGACAUGUUCGAGAACGGCAACUACCGGCGCAGGAAGAGGAAGCCCAAAGCCGUCGGGGGAGAGGAGAAGGAGCGCGCCGCCGCCGCCGCCCCCGAGGCCCUCGGGGAGCCCCGCAAGAGGCCUCGGGAGAGCCCCUCCGGCCAGCCCGCCGCCGUCGAGGAAGCCCGGGAGCCCAGCCGGGUUCGAGGGGGCGACCUCCCGACGGGAGGGAGCGCGGCGGGAUCGUGCCCCAGGGGGCUCCAGGAGACCCCGUCCAGCCGCGCCGCUGCCCGGAGCCCUUCGACGCGCCCGGCUCCCGCCUGCCAGGAACGGGCCAUCCUGGACGGCGAGGGCGCCGUCGGGCGCGCCCCUUUGGCUCGCCAAGCCUUCGAGCCCGAAGCCCCGAGAAGCGCGGCCAAGCCCCAGAGCUUCAGCAUAGACAGCAUCCUGGCCAAGAAAGCCCUCCGCCGGCCGGCCAAGGGCGAGCCCGACGGCCAGGAAGGCCCCUGCCCCGGCGCCUCCAAAGCGGACGCCUGCCUGCUCUCCGGCGCCCAGGUGCGCCCGGCGUUCAACGCCUCGCUGGUGCUGGAUUCCCACGUUCAGGGGCGCUUCUGCCAGCUCGGCAUCCCGUUCCUCUCCUACUUGCCGCUCCGCUUUCCCGAGACGGUGUUUCAUUUCCAGUAG